AAGUCGUGUGCGCGCGCAGCCGUGGCUCACUCCGGUGUUCGGUCCUCAGUGGGACACACGCGCACCGGGGCCAUGCCGUCCCCCAUCCCCCUGACCCGCCUGCUCCCCAAAGACCUCUACCCCUCCCUGGACGUCGGCACGUGCAGCAGCCCGCUGACGUCACAGCCUCCGCACCACGGCUCCACUCUCCAGGUGCCCCCCCCUCCCUUUGCCCAGCGGCUCCACGGCAGGGGGUCGGUCCGCCCCUGGUCCUCGGUCAUCCACUGGAAGGCCCUGUCCGCCGCCGUGCCCGUGGGCUCGGGGGGGUUCGGCUCCGUGUUCCGGGCCCAGUACCUGGGGGACACGGUGGCCCUGAAGAAGGUCCAGCAGAGCCGGAAGAACCCGCUGGCGUCACGGCAGAGCUUCUGGGCGGAGCUUAACGCCGCGCACCUGAGACACAGGAACAUCGUGCGCGUCCUCGCGGCCACCGCCUGCGUGCCCGCGGACCUGUUUGAGGACGGCUGCAUCGGGACCAUCCUCAUGGAGUUCGUGGGAGGGGCGAACCUGCAGCAGGUCAUCUACGCGUGCGCGGACCCGCUGGGGCCCGACAGGUGGCUCCGGUACGCCGCGGACGUCGCGCGCGGCCUGCGCUUCCUCCACUCUCACGGGGUCGCGCAUCUGGACAUCAAGCCGGCCAACGUGCUCGUGUCCGCGCAGGACGUGUGUAAGAUCGCGGACUUCGGCUGUUCUCUGAAACUGGAGCGCGGAUGCGAGGUGACGGCCACGAGCCCGCACCUGAGCCACGUGGGCGGCACGUACACGCACCGGGCACCGGAGCUGCUGCGGGGGGAGCCGGUGUCCGCGCGGGCAGACGUCUACUCGUUCGGGAUCACCCUGUGGCAGCUGAUGACCAGAGAGCCGCCGUUCACCGGAGACCGCCAGUGCGUCAUCUACGCGGUGGUGGCGCGCGACCUACGACCGCCGGUGCACGAGCGGCCGGUGUUCCGGUCCGAGCCGGGCCGGUCCUGCGGGACUCUGCUGGGCCGGUGCUGGAGCGGACGGGCCCGGGACAGACCGAGCACCGACGAGCUGGUACCGGAGCUGGAGCAGCUGCGCGCGCACCUGCCCUCCGGUGUGGGCGGGAGCGCGGACCAGGACACCGGACCCUGAACGCAUCAGUGCAGUUUGUGUGCCUGCAGACAGUCGGCCAUCCCAGUGCCUGUGGAACAUGGACGCCCUCUGGUGUGUGGAAGUGGAAGAACAGGUCUGGUUCCAUCAGAACAGUUUCAGACUGGUUUUAGUUCAGUGUUUGUGUUUUAUUAGUUUUUCAUCGUCGUUGCUUCAUUAGAAUCAGUCCGGUUAGCGACAGGGUCAUGUGACUGCUACUUCCGGUGUGAGUUUAGUUUUUAUUUUCCAUGUUUUGGUUUGUUUUCUCAGGCUGUCAAUUGAAACUGUGAGUUUUAUUUGUAAUUGGAGCUGUGACGUGUACAGGUGAUGGUUUUUCAUUAAACUUAUUUUUCUACUUC